AUUUGACUACAUUCAGGCUUACACGAAGCUACGAAAAUUACUGUAAUAUAGAACGAUAACGUAAAACGCGUACUAGCUACUCGAAUAUGUGGUUGGAGGACGUAUAUAGCAAUGAAUUACACCGUUUAAUUGGAGCAGAAUGAUUAAUUGUCUAUUCAUUAUUUUUUCUUGCAUAGAUGCUCACGCGCGAUCUUAUUAGAGCACAUUAAAAAGAGCAACCGUGUUACGAAGUUUUUACAAUCGACCAAACGUAUUAUACAUAUCCACUAGGUUGCGUUAGUAUUAAUGUUCGUAUUGCGCCGGUAAACAUUCGCCCAUAUCGAAAGUCAUUCGAACAUGUGCGAAGUUCUUCCAACGGCGCUUACUUCAAGCAACGUAUUCCAAAUGUAGUAAUAUCUGGUAACGUGGUGCUAUGAAUUAACCUAUAAAUUAUGGCAACGGAACUGCACAAAGAGUUAAUUGGUUAUUUCACGCAACUGGAGAAAGUCGACUGCAAAUGGAAGGAAUUAUCGGAGGAAGCCAAACGGCCGCUGCACGCGUUAAAAAAUCAAUUGGAGCAACUUCGCCUCGUUACAAGCGAGGGUGUCGAUAACGCAAUUUUCUGCAAUACGGACGAGACACGCGGACGAUUGAUUUAUAAAAUUCUCCUAGGAAUCGACAACGAAAUUACAUUGCUUCUGGAUAUUUCGACGCGUUUCAAUAACGUCAAUCAAAGUCUAAGGUCCCGUUAUAAAAAUUUGGAAGACGCUCGCAGCAAGGUUUCGUUGAACGACGACGCGAUGAAAGAGUUGGUCAAUGGGACUCCGUACAGGCCGAGGUUGAAUCUACUCUUAAAGUGUGCUAUGGAUGGACUAAACUAUUAUCACGAUUUAUACCUUCGGAUCCACGGAAGCAUCAAUCACUAUAAUUGGAGGAACGAUGAGAUGGCGGAAGAUUUGACAAACUUGUUCGUCGAGGACAGAUUUAAAAGAGAACGAAUCGAUCAGAUAUUGGCCAUCACACAGUUCCUAAUAAAGGAGACUGUUCGUUGAGCAAUACUCUUCCGCGAACCUUUUGUACAGCAAUCAUUUUACAGCAACAUCUUUCUUACGAAAAUUUAUAAAAUAAAAUUAUUUUUGUCUCCAA